CUUUCGUCUCUCAAUUCUCUGUUUUGCGCGGCAUGCCGUCUCCUCAUGCUCUUGGUUCUCAAAGCAUCAACCCAAGUAAACUCAUGGAGUUGGAAGUCUUAUCUCAAGUUGUUUCCACGCUUCAAGCAAAGAAUGAUUUCAAAGCGAGUAUUCCCUAUCUCGCCAAAAUGGCGCAAAUUGUAGACAAUCAGCAGAUUGGCCCGUCGUCGCCAUCGUCACCGUCGUCACAAACACCUGAGCAACGUCGUCAGCAACAAUAUUUGCUCGACAAGCUAAAAGCGGAUGCUCACGCUCGUUUAGCCGAUGCUUACUACAAAACGGGCCGAUUUAUCGAGAGCGAAGCGUCUUUAAGCCUGUCUGUGAAACUGUGGGAAACUCUGAUGUCCAAAGGUUACGACGACGUACGGCCACUGCUAAUGAAAGCCUAUGACAGCCUGGGUCAAUGUUAUGAAGCACUCCAUAAGCCCCAGAUGGUAAAGCAUAUGCAAACGAGAAAACAAAAACUGGUGCAAUAACCACGGGGUAUCGAAAACCAUUUCUUAUUGCAAUGAUGGAAAAAAUUGUGACAGAAUUGGGGGAUUUGUUUCCAACACCAACAGAUGGCGACAAAAGUGAUCACCAUGUGAAACAAAAAGGGAACUCCCACCUACGGAUGCAUUAUUUUGGGGGUGCAUCUAGCGGCAAAUAAAACCUUAAAUAGGUUUGAUAUUCAUUCUGAAAGAAACUUGCAGCCAAAACGCUCUCCCCUCGCGUGGUUCUCACGACAAUGCACGACGAACGAAAAAUAACACAUCAACACAAAUAAAGACGUCUUUAUACCCUUUGUAUAUUUUAUACAGC